AUGUCUCUGGAGGAUAAAUAUGAUGCUGCGCUUGACCUCUUGCGCCGUCUUGACCCAAGACAUGUAGAGAAGAAUCUCAAUUCCAUUUGCACUUUGCUCCAGCAUGACAACUCCGAGUCUGGCCAGGAGUUGGCCCAGGACUUGUUGUCCUCAGUGGACACGCCGUUGAAGUUGUCCAAGUGUGAAGAAUCCGGCAAGAGCUUCUUGUGUUGCGACUAUAACAGAGACGGUGAUCUGUAUAGAUCUCCAUUUUCCAACAAAUAUUACCCACCUACUGGUGACGACGAGUCUCCAUUCCCUUCUCCAGUGUUGAGACAGUUGGAGAUCAAGGCCAACGAGAGCUUUGACAUUUACAGAGACUUGUACUAUGAAAAUGGCGGAUACUCUUCGGUUUACUUGUGGGACACCGCUGAAGAUGAGGAUGCUGAUAGCUUGAAGGAGGGCUUUGCAGGUGUUGUGUUGUUCAAGAAGGAUGCCGAGGAUGGUUUGGCCAAGUGGGAUUCUAUCCAUGUUUUCGAAAUCAUCCCAGAAAGCUCGACCCUGGCCACUUACAAGAUUACUUCCUCUGUCAUUUUGGAUUUGCUGACCAUCAAGUCCGGCAAGAGUGGUCUUUCGUUGGCUGGAACCAUGACAAGACAAUUGGAAUCAUCCCAGUCUCUUAGCACUGAGGGUGGUACUCUUGAAUGGGCUCACUUGGUCAACUUGGGCCAGCAAAUUGAAAAGUCCGAGUACAACAUUCGUAAUUUGCUUCAGGAGGUCUACUUCGACAAGUUGAAGAAUAUCUUGUUGAAGGACUUGAGAUCGCUUGGUGACGUUUCUGAAAAGCAAUUGGAAAAUGCUAGACAAUCGGAGGUUGUCAAAGGCUUGGAGGGCAGGUAA